GAGAUCGAGACACCGAGCCCAAACCGAUGUCGGUCUCCUCAUCCUCUCCUUCUUCUCCUCCGAGGAAACAACAGAGAAAAACCCUAAUGCGUUCUCUGUUUUUUUCUUGUGGUGGAUUCGAGGAUAGAUCGGUAUGACAGAGUUGAAAUCGUCUCGUCUCGAGUAAGCCGAUUUUGAUUCGAUUGGAUUAUAAUCAUGUUUUUCGUAUUGUUUGGGUCUCUUAUCGAGUUAGAUCGAAGUUUUUUAGGGUUUUGAGCUGAUUCGACGUUUCUAGAUUGAGAUUGGUCGGCUUUGGUUGUUUCUUUCUUCUGAUGUUGUUGUUCUGGUAGUGCAUUUGAGUAAUGUGGUCGGUUGUUAGAUUGCAUGUGAAAGACCUGUACAACUCAUUAGUUUUCUUGGAGAAAUACGCAUUCUUUGUCGGGUUUGCUGCUUUUUUUUGGAUCAAAGAUUAGAAAUAGAACCACCUUUUCAUCUUUCGAGUUGAAGGAUUCAAGAGGAUUGCUUUAUUCUUAGGAUUUGGAAUCAUUCGCCGCCAAAAAAAGUUCUGGGCUUUUUUUUAUGUGUUUUGUCUCGAAUAUAUAUUAAUUCACUUUUGUGUUUUUGUUGAUGCGAUUGAAAGCAAGAAAUUGGUGGUUUUUGCGGGAUUGGUUAGCUUUUUUUGCUAAGGCUUUGGUGUAAUGUUCCCCACGCUCGUGGAGAAUUCGACUUUGAACGGCUCGUUCUUGGUCCUAAACUUGGGAAACAAUACUGUUGGAUUGGGCAACUCUUCUUCAUUUCCAGUGGCUUCCAAUGCUUUCGAUCAGAAUGCAGUAGAGCCGACUCCCAAACUUACUGCUGUCAGCAAUAUGGACACUUCAUCUAAUUCAACCGAGGAAGCGUCGUCAGCAUCAGAAAGUCAGAAAUGUAAGAGGGCCUCCAGGGAAAUGGAGGAUCCCGAGUGGGUGCCAGAGAAGAGGGCUAGGAAGAGCAGUAUUUCAGCUAGCAGAAUGGCCAAACCAAAACCGGGGCCGUCAGUUGGUAAGAACCCUUCUGAGACACCACCAGGAGCAUGUAACAGUAUGUCUGGCUCAAAUUUAGGACCGCCAUCCCCAUACCUGGUGAACCUUUUGAAAUUCUUUGGAUGGAGGGUGAUAUUUCGACCUGGCUUCGGUGACCAUGCUUACAUCUCUCCUAAUGGUAUUGCUUAUUAUUCCCUUCCCAAAGCAUUCGAGACCUUUUUACAUGGUACUUCAAAGUAUAAGGACAAGGCAUGGGGUGCAUCCCAAUUCCGGGAGAACAGGGGGCUCCAUGGUACUUUUGUGGGAGGGCUCUCUGCUAGGAAUGUAGGCCAGCAAAGUGGAGCUGCAGCUGAUGGCAAUUGCAUUGCAGGACUCCUUUCCAGCAAUGUAGGCCUGCAGAUUGGAUCUGCAGCUGAGAGCAAUUUUAAGAAAGGGAAAAGCACCAAGACAAGGAAUUCUACAAUCAGAGAGAAUGUGGAGCCUGAAAUGACAACUGAAAAACCUCCUCAACUAAAACAGGGUUCUGUCUAUAAAAUUAGCAAGGAUUCAUCAAAAAUGCCAGGUUUGGAGGUAUCUGAAGGAGUGAACCAGGUGGUUUCAUCAAGCAAGGUAGAUGAGAAAACAAAGUCACAUGUUGAAGAUAAAUGCUUGGGCAAUGAAUCCAAGCAGAUGGCUGGUAGCUGCCAUUUGACUAAAGAAAAUGAUAGACCCUGUAAGAUUGACACUAGGCAAGAUGGAAAAUUGCCUGGAGUAAGGAAGUCUAUUGGAAUUAGUGGGAGACAUUUUCCUGUAGGAAGUGAAGUGGAUAAAGCCGAAACCAAUGACAACUACUUGUAUUUGUCUGCAUGCGGAGUCAGUGGAGAUGCAGUAAAUGCAGUGAGGAACAAGGAGGAGCAGAUACUUGCAACCUCACAAGCAAAAAAUGUGCUUGAUAGAAUGCCUGAAGUAAGCAUGAUCGAUCAAUCAACAGACAAUGAAGUUAGAAAGUCAAAUUGCAGCAGCAUGGGUGUUACAAGUAAUGCUCAAAGCUGUGCAAGCUUUAUGGAGAAAGAUAGACAAGUAGUUGGAAUUAGGAGAUCAAGGUGUGUGAGUAAGGAAAAUAUUCCAGUGGAUUCAUUAGUGAUGGUAGAAAACAGCUUGGCUUCAUCUAAAUCUGUUGUUAACACAGCUGCUAGAAAGAACGUGGGGAAGUCAUUAUUUUCAGAGAGUGCGAUAGAUGAGAAGAUGCAUUUUAGUAUGAGAGACAAAUGCUUGAGCUCGGAAGCUCAUAAAGUGGGCUGCAGCACAGCAAUCCUUUCACGUCAAAUUGGUGUCAAUGAUGUGCAUCAAUCUGGUGACGUACCUGGAGUAAGGAGAUUUGUGCGUAUACAUGGGAAACAUGUUCCUGUAGAUGAUGAAUUGGAUACAGAAAUGGGGGUUGAUGAUGACCGUUUAGAUAUGUCCAAGUUUGCAGCCAACACAGUGGUGAGGGACAAAGAAAAGCUAACAAUUAAUUUCUCUGGACUUGACAACAAGGAAGGAAGAAGUCCUGAAUCAGAUGACUCACAAUUAAAGCAAACCAAUAGCAAGAAAUAUGACAGCCAAAACUUCAACACACGUAAACAGGUGGAAAGUCAUGGUUCGAGGAAAAUUAACAAGGCGAAGAAACCAGGAUCGGGAAAAUCCUCUGCUUCUCGUAAGGAGAUUGAGUUGGCUAAAAGCAAGCCAGUUGGUGGUGGAAAUUUAAAUACAAAACAAAAGAAAAAGCGGAAUCAUGGAUGCAGCCUAAUUGUUAGGAGGAAUGGAAAAGAUGAUCAUCAUGAAGGGAUCUUGCCACCAACAAAACUUACUAUAUUAUCUUGGCUAAUGGAUUCUGGCAUUUUAACUGAAAAUGAGAAGCUUGUGUGCAUAGCAAAGAACAGCAUGGGCAAAAUUCCUAGUGGUUUGGUAACUAGUGGGGGAAUUUGGUGCGACUGUUGUAAGGACGUUGAGCCAUUGUCCAAGUUCAAAGCUCAUGUUGGCAGCAAUUUUAACCAACCGUGGGAUUACAUUUUCCUAAUGUCAGGAAAAACAUUAACACACUGCCUACAGGAAGCUUGGGAGAAGGAAAAGAAGCAUAAGAAGGUUGGGUUUCAGACGGUAGGAACUGAUGGUCCAGAUCCAAGUGAUGACACAUGUGGGGUUUGUGCAGAUGGUGGGCGCUUGAUAUGCUGCGACAAUUGUCCUUCAACUUUCCAUCAGGACUGUGUGAUGCUUAAGGCUUUCCCAGAGGGCACUUGGUAUUGCCCAUAUUGUCGAUGUACCUUCUGCAUGGUGGCUGAGCAUGGAUCAAAAAGAGCUCCUGAGACUUCAGCUUUGCUUUCAUGCAAGCAAUGCCGACGCAAAUAUCACCAACAGUGUGCCUGGGGGAAUGACGUUAAUGAGAUUGGUUCAGUGUCAAUUUCAUUCUGUGGGAAAAAUUGCAAGAAGCUUGCUACUCAAUUAUCUGAUAUGCUUGGUGUGACAAAUUUUAUGGAAAGGGGGUUCUCAUGGACUCUAUUGAAACGCCUUGAUGAAGAUGUGGGAGUCAGCUCUAAUGAGAGGCUAUCUUUUAUUACGGAAUGCAACAUAAAACUUUCCAUGGCUCUCUGUGUACUGAAUGAGUGUUUUGUUCCUCUAAUGGAUCAAAGGACGGGUGUGGAUGUGAUUUCUCAAGCAAUUUACAACUGUGGAUCAAAUUUCAAUCGUCUGAAUUACGAAGGAUUUUAUACCUUAAUUCUGGAGAAGGAUGAGGAAAUUAUCUCAGUAGCUUCUCUGAGAUUCCAUGGGACGAAUUUGGCAGAAAUGCCUUUUGUUGGUACACGACCGAUAUACCAAAGGCAAGGAAUGUGCCAUCGCCUACUCAAGGCAAUUGAAGAUCAGUUGCUGUCUUCAUUAUGCAUAAAGAAACUGAUAAUUCCUGCUGUUCCUGAUCUCUUGGAGACAUGGAUGAAGUCUUUCUCCUUCAAGCCUCUGGAACCAUCCUUCAGAGAUGAGAUCAGGAAUUUGAGCAUAGUUGUUUUUGCAAAAACAACUUUGCUUCAGAAGUCUAUAUGCAACAUUGGAGCAGUGGAUCUAGAAGAUGAUAUGCAGACUUACAAUAGCAUCAGUCAUGAGAACAAAAUGGGGAACAAUCAUCAACCAAGUACUUCUGGUGAGCAUAGCAAGGCUGAAGGUUUUGUUAUGGGUGACCAAGAUAGGAAGAAUCAUGAGUACAACACAGAGAAACAGAAGGAUGACAUUCCAGAGCAUUGGAGAGUGACAUCUGAUCUGUCAGAGAUUCAGUAUCCCAUAGUUUCAUAUGGAUCUGUUUUCGACAGCUUGCCUGCCUAUGACACAUUAAUGCCAAAUCUGGAGACUGUGUCACAAAGUCUUGCUACAGCGCCUCUUUCAUUUCCACCUGUUAAUAUGGUUCUAGACCACAAUCUUUUGAGUACAGAAGUCAUCUCCACUCCAGAUAAUCAGAUAAAUAGUUGGUUACAGAGUGCUAAUGAGGCAAGGGAUGCCAAAUAUGAUGCCAUAACUUGCAUCCUCUCAUUCGAGAAAUUUCUCAGAAUGAGAAGCUAAAUUCUUCGUGCAGCCCCCAUUUUUGUUGUCACUCAUGUUGCCACUUAACAUUUGUUAACUUUUUCAAUUUUUUGCCUCGCAUCAUUAUGGAACAUGCAAGUUCAGAAAUACAUACUACAUAGAGGAAACAAUUUAGAGGUGGUCUGGAAACAGUUACUUUUGCAGCGCCGCUUUGUAAGAGGGGCUUACUUCAGUAACAAUCAAUUACAGGUUUUCAUUUUGAUCA